UUUUGUGAAGGAAUAAGCAGUUAAAGUUAAUAUUGUUUUAGAAUCUUUAACCACCCUGGUUUUAGCUUCUUAUAGUGCUUCUUGUUGUAACUAUGUAAAUUAUUAAAUAAUCUAAAUCUUGACAGCAGUGAAAAUGGAGAUGAAACUUCAAAGACUGUACAUGUGAGAGAAUUGACUAACUGGAGGAACGCUGGUAUAACUGGAGGCCUAACCUUUUGUACGCUGGAUUACGAUGGCGGCUGCUGCCCCUUCACCCCUGGCUAGCUCUGUGGAGAAGACAAAUGGAGCCAAGCUCAGCAGACUUCUCAUUGAUGGUGGAUCAACGGUUCUUAGGAGGAUUUUCGACUGUCAUCAUCCCCCAGCAAGUCUGUUGGCUGAUCUCAAUGCAAACUAUCACACUCUCAACAAUCUCUUAAGGAGGAGGGUUUUACGUAAACCUCAGUGGGAGCUACUGUUCUCACCUGGUGGGGCCACACCAGACUCCAACACAUUUGACAUUACUUUGUUAUUCCUCCUUCUAACCAACAUUUGUGGACUCGCCCCUCCCCCCUCGGGUUGGCACACUAAGCCACCCAUUAGUGACACCUCUGUUGAGGCAAACCUUGCUCGCAUCAAGUUUUUCCGCAAUAAGUUGUACGGUCAUGUUACCACUACUGGUAUUAAUACACCUACUUUCUCUGCUCUUUGGCUGGAGAUUAGUGAUGUUCUUGUUGUUCUUGGCUUCCCUCAGGCGGAAAUUGAUCGAUUGAAAGCAGAGCGUUGUGGAGAGGAAGACUUUAUUGACGUGUUGUUUGAGUGGGCUGACAGUGAGGAGGACAUCAAGUCACAGCUGAAGGACAUACGUCAGUAUCAGAGCAAAGUACAUCAAGCUGUUGAUGAAGUGCAUCUGACUCAACUAGAAGAUCGUAGAAUACUUCUGGGUAGGAAGAGGAAGUUGGAAGAAGUACUUCAGUUAGAGACCAAAACACAGCAGACUGUUGAUGAAGUACGUCAAUCCCAGAUCAAAACACAGCAAACUGUUGAUGAAGUAUGUCAGUCCCAGACCAAAACACAACAAACUGUUGAUGAAGUACGUCAGUCCCAGACCAAAACACAGCAAACUGUUGAUGAAGUUCGUCAGAACCUACUAGAAGAUCGUGGGACAAUUCAAGAUAGCAAUAUGAAGCUGCAAGAAGUAUUUCAGAUCGACAAAAAAACACAUCAAGUUGUCACAAAUGUUCGUGAAACUCAAACUGAUGACAGCAAAGCAAUUCAGGAAAUUCGUCAUACCCAGCACGAAGUCCAUAAGACACUGCAGGAAACGAAGUCUAGAGUAGAAGAAAUACAGCAGACUCACGAGAAGUUAUUAGGAACCCAAGAUGAACGAUUUGACUGUUUGCGCAAAGAUUUGCAGCAAACAGCUCAAGACUUGGAAGGACAAAGAGAAAAGCACAGAGAAAACGAAAUCCUCAAGAAACUCGCAAAGAUUGAGACCCUGAAAAACGUAAGAUAUCACGCAGACAGAUACGUAGAGGGAACCCGUUUGUCAGUCUUUGCCAAAGUCGAGAGUUGGUUAAAUGACAGAAGUUCCCCAAAUCGUGUGAUGGUGAUCACUGGAAAUGCCGGGAUGGGGAAGUCUGUAAUCUCAGCUGUCAUGUGUGAAAAGAUGCAAGAUGCUGGAAGGCUAGCCGGAAGCCACUUCUGCCAUCAUGACAGGGCGCGCCAGAGGAAUCCUAAGGUGAUGCUACAGUCCUUAGCCAGUCAGCUGUGUGAUUCUCUGCCAGACUACAAGAAAGCACUCGUGGAAAAGUUGUCAAGAAAUCUGGGUGUGGAGAUUAACAACAUGGAGGUGAAGGAUCUGUUCGAAGUGCUGUUUGAGGAACCUCUAGCCAGCUUGAUCGACCCUGGUUUGACCCAUCUGAUGGUAAUAGAUGGAUUGGAUGAAAGCGAAUUCCAAGGAAGAAAUGAGGUACUAGACGUAAUUGCUAAUUACUUCCGAAAUCUUCCACAGUGGAUUCGAUUUCUGGUGACAACGCGACCGGAAAGAAACAUAGCAGAAAAUCUAAAAACAUUG